AUGAAAAAACUUUAUCCAUCAAAAUGGUUCGCUGCUCAUUUGCACUGUAAAUUUGAGGCAACUGUUUGUAAUGAAGAUAAAACUAAAACAACACAAUUUAUGUCAUUGGAUAAAUGUGGAGAUUACUGUGAAGGCAAUAGAAGAAGUUACAGACCUCGUCAAGUAAAAGAAAGAGAUUAUUUUGAAUUCAUAGACAUAGAGCAUGAUCAAAGUUUACCUCUUACAAUUUCCUAUGAUAUCGAGUGGCUCACUAUAUUAUUCUUGACGAAUAAUUUAUUAAGUGUUAGAGAUGCCUGGUGUUAUUUGCCUGAAUCACAAAAUUUUACACCAACUAAAGAACAAAAGGAAACGAUUCUUGAAAAAUUUAAUAAUGACUUGAGCGUGCCACAAAACUUUCAACAAACUGUAAGGCCAUUCCAGCACACUGAGUAUCCUACAGGAUUUGCUCAGCCACCUAUUUUGGUCAUCAACCGUCAAACUACUGUUUUAUGUAAAAAACUUGGAAUCGAUGAUCCUUUUGAUCCCAUAAAAAGAUCACAAACCAAUCUUGCGCAUUUGAAUCGUUUUUCAUCUGAUCAAACCAGAGGCAACAGUUCUACUGGUUUGAUUGUAGAUAUUUCAACUGCAUACUUACAUACUUCAUUAGUUUUACCAUCACCUCAAAACCAAACAAAAAAUUCCACAAAGGAGCAUGUAAAUUCAAACAAAAGCGAUGUAAAACAUGCUAAUUUAUCUGAUGGAAACCAAAAUACCAUAAAUUUAGGUUUUUUCAUAGAUACUACUCCAAGUUCUUCUAGAUGUACAGAAAAAAGAGCGAGAGAAAUUUUGCCAGAGCAAAAAGAAAAUUGUACAGAUCGCAGUGAUCUACCAACUAAAAAAUUCAAAAGAAGAAAUGAAGCAUCAUACAAAAGUGAUAAUUCUAGCGUAAGCUAA